AUGGAGGGGAGCCCUAUCCCGGUGCUGACGGUGCCUACGGCGCCCUACCAGGACCAGCGGCCAACCGGUGGCGGGGGACUGAGGCGGCCCACUGGCCUCUUCGAGGGCCAGCGCAACUACCUGCCCAACUUCAUACAGAGCGUGCUAUCAUCCAUCGACCUGCGCGAUCGCCAGGGCUGCACCAUGGUGGUGGGCAGCGAAAAAAGCAGGACGGCUACGGAGAUAGUGGUGCAGAUGGCCGCGGCCAAUGGGAUUGGACGACUGAUUAUUGGACAGAAUGGCAUCUUGUCUACUCCUGCUGUUUCCUGCAUUAUCAGGAAGAUCAAAGCAGCUGGUGGAAUCAUCCUAACAGCCAGCCAUUGCCCUGGAGGACCAGGGGGAGAGUUUGGAGUGAAGUUUAACGUUGCCAAUGGAGGUCCUGCGCCAGAUGUUGUCUCAGACAAAAUCUAUCAGAUCAGCAAAACAAUUGAGGAAUAUGCCAUAUGUCCUGAUCUUCGAAUUGACCUGUCUCGACUAGGAAGACAAGAAUUUGACCUGGAGAACAAAUUCAAACCAUUUAGAGUGGAGAUAGUGGACCCAGUGGAUAUCUAUCUCAAUCUCCUUCGGACCAUUUUUGACUUUAAUGCUAUCAAGAGUUUGCUGACUGGACCUGGCCAACUGAAGAUCCGAGUUGAUGCAAUGCAUGGAGUUAUGGGACCCUAUGUGAGAAAAGUCCUGUGUGAUGAGCUGGGGGCCCCGGCCAAUUCUGCAAUAAACUGUGUUCCCCUGGAAGAUUUUGGAGGGCAGCAUCCUGACCCAAACUUGACAUAUGCAACGACCCUUCUGGAAGCUAUGAAAGGAGGGGAAUAUGGAUUUGGAGCUGCAUUUGAUGCUGAUGGGGACCGGUAUAUGAUUCUAGGCCAAAAUGGCUUCUUUGUGAGCCCUUCUGACUCACUGGCCAUCAUUGCUGCCAACCUCUCUUGCAUUCCAUAUUUCCGUCAGAUGGGGGUCCGAGGGUUUGGGAGGAGUAUGCCCACCAGCAUGGCCCUGGACAGAGUGGCCAAAGCAAUGAAGGUCCCGGUAUAUGAGACCCCAGCUGGAUGGAGAUUCUUCUCAAAUCUGAUGGACUCAGGACGGUGCUCCCUGUGUGGAGAAGAGAGCUUUGGCACUGGCUCUGAUCACCUCCGGGAGAAAGAUGGCCUUUGGGCUGUCUUAGUCUGGCUCUCCAUUAUCGCUGCUCGUAAGCAGAGUGUGGAGGAAAUUGUCCGAGAUCACUGGGCCAAAUUUGGCCGCCACUACUAUUGCAGGUUUGACUAUGAGGGGCUAGAGCCUAAGACGACAUAUUACAUCAUGAGGGACCUGGAGGCCCUGGUCACAGACAAGUCCUUCAUCGGCCAGCAGUUUGCUGUGGGAAGCCAUGUCUACAGUGUAGCGAAGACAGACAGCUUUGAAUACGUGGACCCUGUGGAUGGCACCGUGACCAAGAAACAGGGUCUGAGGAUCAUUUUUUCAGAUGCUUCAAGGCUCAUCUUCCGGCUCAGUUCCUCCAGUGGCGUGCGGGCCACCAUCAGGCUGUAUGCAGAGAGCUAUGAGAGGGAUCCCACCGGUCAUGACCAGGAGCCACAGGCAGUACUGAGCCCUCUCAUAGCCAUCGCGCUGAAAAUAUCCCAGAUACAUGAGAGAACCGGCCGGAGGGGCCCAACCGUCAUCACCUGAAGG